UCUUUCUUGAACCACCCUGUGAUUUGCGCGUGUCACAGCUGCCUUGAUCGAUCCACUACAACUUUGCAACGUAUUUGAAUCCCUUCAUUUUUAGACCAAAACUUUCUUAUCGUGGAGAGGAAGUUGAUACCGUGUAAUAUUCAUAUUAAAAGGUUAUAAUAGUGUAUCGGUAAUAUAUUUAUAAAAUUUAGUAUAUUAUACAGCGAUUGCUAGUUAAAGGAAGUGUUUGUAAAUUUCUUAUUGGCGAAAAAUGGUGAAACAGCUGCAAACUGUUGCUGCCAUGGCGUGCAUGAAGAGCUUUUUGAUGGUUUUUAAUAUUGUUUUUUGGAUUUCUGGUAUUAUUAUUUUAGCCAUUGGAAUAUGGGUGCAAGUAGAGUUAUACAAAUAUAUGGAGAUGAGUACUGCUUUUAGCAGUACCGCACCAUAUGUUCUAAUUGCUACGGGAUCUUUAAUAAUUCUCGUUGGUUCUUUUGCUUGUUGCUGUACGGUUAAAGGACAACCAUCGCUGCUUUACACAUAUGGAGCAUUUUUGGCUGUUAUCUUUUUAUUAGAACUGGGAGCUGGUAUUUCAAUUUUCGCUUACCGGAACAAGCUAACCGAUGGAUUUGACAAAGGGAUUACACAAGCUAUGAUGAAUUACCGAAACGACAGUGGACAUUUAGCUCAAGAUUUCGAUCUAAUGCAAGAAACUUUACAAUGUUGUGGAAAUCACAGACCACGAGACUGGUUGGAUUUGGAUCAUCCUCAGCCUAUUCCUUCUUCUUGUUGCAUUAAAGAAAACUGUAAAACCGAUAAAGAAGAUCAAAUAUAUUCACAGGGCUGCUACACGAAAAUAGUGGAAUUUUUAAACGCGAACGUGGGCAUCGUUGCAGGGGCUGCAGUUGGUAUCGCAAUCUUCCCUCUUGUUGGAGUAAUAUUGUCUUGUUGCCUAGCUAAAGUUGUUAACAAAGCUAAAUAUGAACAAAUGGCCUAAAAAGGAACGAUGUGUAUCUAAACGUAAAAUGUGUUUUAAAACCAAUUUCCGGGAUUUGAAUAUAUUGAAAAAAAUAUUUACCUACAUUUUUAUUUCAAGGCAUCAGCUUGUUUAUUUUUGAAAACAUGGAUGAUCAAUCUAUAUAACUAUCUAUUUAAUUGACCCUGUCAAAUCACCUGACCUAAGUGUUACCAUAUCAUAGCCUAUCAUGUGUUUGUCAGUGGCUUGUCAUUACCUAUGGGCAACCAUUUUGUUUGGAAUGUUAAAUUAUAUUAUUUUUUUCUAAAUCUAAUUUCGUGGUACGCUUGUAUCGACUAUGCCAGUCAAAAUCUAAAUCAUUUUAUUUUACCCGUUGGGACUGACAUUUUAAAAAACUGACUAUAAUAAUAAGCGUAG